AUGUUAGCUGGAUUGGAUAUAAUCUUUCCUACACUGUCGACAGCAGAAUUCAUAAUUGGAAUGUUGGGGAAUGUGUUUAUUGGACUGGUAAACUGCUCUGAAUGGGUCAAGAACCAAAAAAUCUCUUUAGCUGACUUCAUCCUCACCUGCUUGGCUAUCUCCAGAAUCACUCAGCUAUUGGUGUCAUUGUUUGAAUCAUUUAUGAUGGGAUUAAAUCCACCUUUCUAUUCCAUUUAUAAACUAGCAAAACCUGUUACUUUGCUUUGGAGAAUAACUAACUAUUUGGCCAUCUGGUUUACUACCUGCCUAAGGAUUUUCUACCUCCUUAAGAUAGCUCAGUUCUCCUAUUCCCUUUUCCUCUGGCUGAGGUGGAGAAUGAACAGAGUGGUUCUUGCAAUUCUUGUAUUUGCUUUGUUCUUUCUACUGUUUGACUUUCUAUUGCUAGAAACAUUUAAUGACCUCUGGGUUAAUGUCUAUCAAAGAUAUGAAAGAAACUCAACUUGGUCCCUAGAUGUAAGUAAAACUCUGUAUCUUAACAGCUUGAUUGUUUUCAGUUUUAUCUACUUAAUCCCCUUUCUUCUGUCCCUGACCUCACUGCCUUUUCUUUCCCUGAGGAGACAUACCAGGAAUGUGCAACUGAACUCCGGCUCUAGGGACUUCAGCAGAGAGGCCCAUAAAAAGGCCAUGAAAAUGGUGAUGUCUUUCCUUCUCCUCUCCACGGUUCAUUUUUCUUCCAUCCUAUUAACAGGUUGGAUUUUCCUUUUACUGCAGAAUUGUCAGGUCAAUUUGGUUGUCAUGUUAUUAACAACACUUUUUCCUCCAGGCCACUCAUUUAUUCUGAUUUUGGGAAACAGCAAGUUGAGAAAAACUGCUUUAGGACUACUGUGGCAUCUUAAUCACCACUUGAAAAUGGUGAAAUCUUUAGCUUCAUAG